AUGGACCCCAACUGCUCUUGCUCCACCGGCGGUUCCUGCACAUGCGCCGGCUCCUGCAAAUGCAAGGAGUGCAAAUGCGUUUCUUGCAAGAAGAGCUGCUGCUCCUGCUGCCCUGCGGGCUCUGCCAAGUGUGCCCAGGGCUGCAUCUGCAAGGAGGCGUCGGACAAGUGCAGCUGCUGUGCCUGA